CAACAGCAUCUACGACUUUCUACAUAACUGUAUCUCAAAAUGACGACAGCCCCUGGUGAACCACAUGAAAGAGAGUGUGCCGUGUGCACGAAUGACUUCACCACACCAAAGAUUCUACCCUGUGGUCAUCUCCUGUGUCGAGAAUGUGUCAUUUCCUGGAUGGACGCAAAGCCUCACGCUGAGUGUCCGUUAUGUAGAUGUCCUAUAGUAGAGCACCAAGCGCAUUCAGCUCCAUCCUCAUCAGACGUUGCCGACGACCUGCCCACAGAUUAUGUGAUGGAAGCGCUGGUGCAGAACUCUGUGGUUCUAUCCAAAAAUCCUAGUUGCUGUGUGUGUGAUGAUGUCAAGGCUGACUUUCUCUGUGUCCAGUGCCUGGAUCUCUUGUGUUCAUCGUGUUCAAGGGCGCAUAAAAAACUGUCGGCGACCCGCAGUCACGAUGUGGUGAGUGUCAGCACUGUGACACCUGAACGUCUGGCUGCCAGCCGCCCUGCACUGUGUGCUGACCACGGGGAGGAGCAGCGGCAGACCAGUUCUGCUUCACCCAUAACAUUGCCAUCUGCUCAUCAUGUACACUAGCGAAACACCAGGCGUGUUCAGAUGUGAAGGAUCUGAACACUGUCAUGGCGUCGGCAGUAACAUCGCUGACUAAUCUGACAGAGAUCCUCACUGGUGUGGAGCAGAAGCUGGAAGGUGCUGUCACACAGUUGAAGUCGAGGCUCCAGGAAGUGGCUGCUAGCGAGCGAGAAAGCAUUGCACUGGUCGACGAAGCGUGCAGUCAUGUUCAAAUAAUGUUUGAAGACUGUCGAGCAAGUUAAAAGAACUGACUACUCGUGCGCACACAGAAAUCAACUGCUCGAUACAAGAUACCCACACUGCACUCGUCAAACGUCUAGGGGAAGUGACGUCACACAAACGCAUUCUAGGGCGUGCGAUGCUAGCCACUCCACGUCCAGCACUGAUACACGCCACCAGCGCCCUACACAAGAGGAUCAACAGUCUCCACCUCGAAGUUGACCUGCACCAGGAUUGGAUGCGGUAUUUGCCGACAUUUGGGAAGCUGCCACGAACUGGAACGACAGAUAGUCAAAGACCUCAAAGAGGUCGUGGAAAAAAAGGAAAUACCUGCAACUCGCCAACCUACUUUCCACACAAAUCGAGGCAACAACAUCGUGCUGUUGCAAAACAAGACAGAGGCGGAACUGGUGACUAUGGACAAGACAUUGUUCAGCAUGGGCGGCAUGGUGGUUCUUUCCGAGGCAAUGGCGCAGAACUGUCUGUAUCAGAUACGGGUUGACAAGAUGAACCGUUCAUGGAACUCAACCCACAUCAUGUAUUAUGGUGUGACAGGAACCCACCCUUCCAACCUCAAAAUACAAGAACACAUGUAUCAAACUGAUUUUAUAAUCGUAAAGAGGCUUGGGGACUCCACAGCCUCCCUCGAGGAGGGAAAUGUGAUUGGACUGAUCAUUGACUCCUCCAACGACCUACACCUGUACUUGAACGGUGAGGACCUUGGUGUAACAGAAAAAAGUGUUCCUCGACCCUGCUAUGCUGCUUUUGACCUCAACCGUCGAGUAGUAAAGGUGACGGCACUUCCAGUUUGAUGUCGACUGUGGAUAGAGUUAUCUGACCAUGUCGGCUUGCAUAUAAUAAAGAAAAUGCAUCAUCCACAUUGCUGUGUAUCAUCACGAGUAUAUUUUUCGCACACCUAAUUAUGGAAAUGCGGUUUGUGGUGACUCAGAGGACAACAGUGUCUGGCAGGGUGGAAGUGUACCCGUUGCACUAAACUAAAACUAAAGCUAGUCACUGACAGCAUGCAUAAUUCUAUAAUUCAGUGAGCUGUGCGAAAACGAAAGCUAAAAACUUUACUUUCGAUUUCGAUUCCCAGAAGUGAGGGGUGUCUAUUACCUACAUUAUCACACCUGUCGUGUGACUCCUGAUUAGGUUACAAUCAAGACAUGUUCGCUAGCUCUGUUCGCAGCAGAAAGAAAAUUUCAAUACCUACUGACCGUUAAAACUUCGCUGUUACUGCAAAAAGUGCAACUUCCACCACGACAGAUUCUUUUCCGGAGGAGACUGUGAGUAGUCAAAAGUCACGUGUCACUUCUUGUUGUCAAAGUGACUGUGAGGUUGUCGUAACACAUGUCAGGAGAGUUCAGUAACUAAAAGUUGUUAUUUAUUAGCUCAACUCUUUAGCUUAGUCCUUUUAUUCGCUGUAGUGGCGGCACUUCCUUGAGGAACGCGACGAUUUCAAGGGAAGCUACUUUAAGGUAUCUGUAUUUGUUUUGUUCCAAGCAUUACCUCCCAUGUUAUCACCCGGAUAGCAUUUCAUCAGUGUUUUAUCAUAGAUCAGUACAAAUAAAACAAUGUA